UGCAAGCGCUUGAAGUACUCUACCUCUUAGUAUCCUUUUUAUUUUUCGAGACUCUUUUUCCCUCCAUCACUGUAAAUUAUUAUUUUUGCUCGGAGCAGACGAGGGAUGCGUGUUUUGUAAAUCGUGUGUGUGUGUGAACCACGUCGAGAUUGGUCGGCAAGAUGGACAAAAAGUCCUUUGAAAUGGUGCUGGAUGAAAUUAGAAAGGCUGUUUUGACAGAGUAUAAAUUAAAAGCAAUUGAAUAUGUACAUGGAUAUUUCUCUAGUCAACAGGUGGUUGAUUUACUGAGAUAUUUCUUCUGGGCUGAGCCGCAAUUGAAGGCAAUGAAAGCUUUACAACAUAAAAUGGUGGCUGUUCACCCAGCAGAAGUGGUCAAUAUACUCAACUGUUUCACCUUCAGUAAAGACAAACUAGUUGCUCUUGAACUGUUAGCCUCGAACAUUGUUGAUGCACAGAAUUCUCGUCCCAUUGAAGAUUUAUUCAGGAUAAAUAUGUCUGAAAAGAAACGGUGUAAGAGAGUACUUGAACAGGCUUUCAAGGGAGGCUGCAAAGCUCCUCACGCAAUGAUCUCUUCUUGCGGGACAAUUCCAGGAAAUCCAUAUCCCAAAGGAAAACCAAGUCGUAUCAAUGGAAUUUUCCCAGGAACUCCUUUGAAAAAAGAUGGUGAAGAAUGUACCAAUGAAGGCAAAGGAAUUGCUGCACGAAUUCUUGGACCAUCCAAACCACCUCCUUCAACGUACAAUCCACAUAAACCUGUUCCUUACCCAAUACCUCCAUGCCGGCCACAUGCAACUAUUGCACCAAGUGCUUUUAAUAAUGCAGGUCUGGUACCUUUAGCUAAUGUCAUAGCUCCCGGUGUACCCCCACCACCUCCAUAUACUACUAAUCCAGUAGGGGCAGAAAAUGAAGACACUUCCAAUCAGUCAAAACCUCUGCAGAAUCAAACGUUUCCUACCCCAGCAAGUCAGCUCUUUUCUCCUCCAAAUUCUUCAACACCCGCUGCAACGCCCGUCCCUACUGCAUCCCCCGUCAAGGCAGUAAAUCAUCCAUCAGCACCAACAGCUGUCACUGCUUCUGGGAUGAACAUGCCGAAUGCUGUCCUUCCUGUGUUCCCAGGCCAGGUGUCCUUGGCCACCCAUACACCUCAGCAGUCAGCAUCAAAUCCCACCGUUAUCAGAACCUCUUCACUGCCAGCCGCACCCGUCACUUCUGUUCACAGUACAACUACUCCCGUUCCUUCAGUUUUUUCUGGCCUCGUACCCCUGCCAGGUCCUUCAGCAACUCCUUCCCCAGCUCCUCAGGCCACAUCUACACCUCGGCCUACUGCAGCUUCCAGUGAGACAUUUGCUUCUACUUCAGCCCCUUUUACUAAUCUACCUUUCUCUGCCACGUCUACUGCUGCUCCCGCCAAUCCAAAUUCUGCUUCAUUGUCAUCUGUGUUUGCAGGACUCCCUUUACCCUUAACACUAGCAUCCCAGAGUUUAUCCAGUCCCACUCCUUCUGUGAUUGCCAGUGGUUCUGCUCCUAGUGUUGCUGCUCCACUUGGGGUGAAUAAUCCUCUUCUUACUGCAUUAAAAGGCUUUCUGACAUCAAAUGAUACCAAUUUAAUCAACUCUUCUGUUUUAUCUUCCGCUGUUACAAGUGGACUGGCUUCGCUUUCUUCUCUUACUAAUCAGAACUCUGAGUCUCCUGCUUCCGCCCCUACCAAGUGCUAUGCACCAUCAACCGUUCCCACCCCACAGAGGUCUUCUACUCCAGGACUGGCCAUGUUCCCCGGCUUGUCAUCCCCUGCAGUAAGCUCCACGUCUGCUCCUUCUACAUUACCUGUACAGUCUCCUCUCGCUACUGCUCCCUCAUCUUCCACUGCACUGCCAGUUAGCUGUGGACCCUCAGCCACCCUUUUGCAUGGCUCCCACCCGAGCAACUCAGAUUUGCAUCUUUCUUCUACCCCUGCUGUCACAACCCUUCCUAUUAUGAUCAAGACUGAGCCCACGAGUCCCACCCCUUCCGCUUUCAAAGGCCCCUCUCAUUCUCUGAACCCCACUCAUAGCACUUUAGGUUUGUCAGGGACGUUGGGACGUGCAUAUACUUCUGCAUCAGUGCCCAUCAGUUUAGCAACUUGCCUUAAUCCUGCAUUAUCAGGUCUCUCCAAUUUGAGCACUUCCCUGAAUGUUUCAAAUCCCCUUUCCUCGAUUUCCCUUCCUCCACACGGGUCCUCCACGCCCAUCACUCCAGUAUUCCCUGCCCUCCCUCCUUUCACUUCAUUGACCAAUAAUUUCUCUCUAAGUGGCAACCCAUCUCUGAAUCCAUCAGUGUCUCUUCCAGCAUCAUUAAUAGCCACCUCAGCCACCACCGUGACAUCCGCAUCUCUCCCCCAUCCCACUUCCACCGCAGCUGUUCUCUCAGGGCUUCCUGCCUCCACACCAGUCUCCGCAGCCCCUUUUCCCCUCAAUUUGUCCACUGCUGUUCCCUCACUUUUUUCAGUCACUCAAGGACCUCUGCAGUCUUCAAAUCCCUCAUAUCCUGGAUUUUCUGUCUCCAACACCCCCAGUGCUACCCCUGCUCUCCCUUCAUUCCCGGGCCUGCAGGCUCCAUCAACGGUGGCAGCCGUUACACAGCUGCCUGUUGCUGCUACAGCCCCUUCACCAGCUCCCGUCCUUCCAGGAUUUGCUUCAGCGUUUAGCUCCAAUUUCAACUCUGCUCUUGUUGCACAAGCUGGCUUAUCUUCUGGACUUCAAGCUGCUGGCAGUUCUGUUUUUCCAGGCCUUUUGUCUCUCCCAGGAAUCCCUGGUUUUUCCCAGAAUCCUUCACAGUCAUCCUUGCAAGAAUUGCAGCAUAAUGCAGCUGCACAGUCAGCCUUGUUACAGCAGGUUCACUCAGCUUCGGUUCUGGAAAGCUACCCAGCUCAGCCUGAUGGGUUUUCUAGUUACCCUUCAGCACCAGGAACACCAUUUUCCUUGCAACCAGGCCUGUCCCAAAGCGGAUGGCAGUGAAUAUAUUUUAAUCUUCUAUUCUUCUCUAUAACAUCAAACUUGCCUGAGGACUGCAAUAAGGGACAAUCUGACAGAUGUGAAGUUGGCCAAAAGUUCUUUUUUAAAGAAGAAAGAAGGAUACAGAUAAUUCUAGGAAAUUUGAAAUAAUGGUUUAAAGUUGCAUUUUAAUAGCAGUUUAAAUACGAACACUCCCCAGUGUAAAUAAACUGACAAGAAUUUGUGCGGAGAAUAGUAUUAAGGUGUUUGGGGACUUUUCACCUCCCAUCCUAUCAGAAUUUGAAAUGUAUGUGUGACCUAUGUAAGAAAAACAAGACAAAAGAGGUUAAACUCUAUAACCGAAUACAGCCUUAAAUCUGCUUGUAUAGCAUCCACUGACAGAAGUAAUAGUUGUGCCUCAGACUUAAGGGUUGCAUGUGGCCCUGAGGGAAUCACUACUCUUGGUAUGCAUGAAUAGUUCCUUCAAGUAUCAUUAGAACUCAUUACUCCAUAUGUCUACACAAAAGGAUCUUGAGAACCCACAGUUAUUUUACUAAUCAUGAUAUAUAUACUGCUGAAUUUAACUCAAUUUAUAUCAGGUAAGUGAAAAUGGUGCUUAAUAUAGUCGUUAGAAUGACUUUCAGGUGUUUUCAACUAAAAAAAUACAUAUCCAAAACUGCUUACUACAGAAAUGCAGAUGAGGUUUCUGAUAAUUUGCCUUCAAAACUUAUUUCUUAAUCUCAGCAGUAUCCAAAUGAGUGAAGAAUAUGUGACUGACCCUUGGGCCAUCGCUGUUACUCAGUGUACUCUGGAAGCUCUUGGUGAAUGUUUACAAUCAUGGGACGUAGGAUUUCUACUUAUACUGAAAGUGAAAGUUUAAGAUCAUUCUGUGACAAUAAAUAGAGAAAACUUGCUUUGUUAGUAAAUCUGCAAUGUGUACUCUAUUUAAGGAUCUGUGGUGGUAUAACAAUUGAAUGUCAUUACUUUAAGUAUAAUAACUACCACACGUGGGAGGGAGGGGGAGUAGGGAGAAUGACUUCCAAUCCUGUGAUGAAGAGUGUAAACUAUAGAAUCUACUGUAGUGAUUUCAGCACCUAGAAAUUUUACUUUUAUAAAGAUGGCGUCUGAAAGAUGUUGCUAAUGUAUUUUCCUUCAACAUGGGGAACAAACUUUUUAAGUACUUAAUAAAUAUUCCUGUAUGGUUAGUUUUUAACAAUUUUUUAAAAUAAAUUUUAUGGAUAUGACAAA